AUGGGAAUACAUUUUAACCAAAAAAAGAUGUUAGUUGAUGUUGAAGGAGUGCACUCCCUGGACAUGACUUGUUUCUGUUUUGUUUCUUCAGUCAACUGCCGUGAUCAUACAGCCUAAGCUUAAUUGGAGAACCCUGAUAUUUAGCCUUCCUUUCCAUUUACUAGGCUGUGUACCUUAACGUGAUACAAUCAAUCAAUUCAAUGUAUCAAACCUAGCCUGUGAUGCAGCCAUUCAGACAGGCUAAUAAACCACAUCAAAAAAUUAUCUUACAGAAUCUCUGGUGAGAGAUGCAAUUGUAGCAAAUGUUAACGUUAUGGAUGAGCUCGCUCGAAGGUUGGAUCAACCUGAUCCUAAUUCUCAGUACUGGGAGCAUCUUGCCGCAGAAUUUGACGUGCCGGAAGAUGUUAAGAUGAAAUGCCAGCACAGUCUCGAAAAUAGUCCAACAAAACACAUGCUGGAUAUUAAAGAGGCCGAAGAUACUAAUGAUUUCUCAGUCCAAAAGCUCAAAAUUGGACUCGGAGCCAUCUCCAGAAAGGACCUUGUGCAGAAAGUGGAAAAAUGUCCUCUUAGUAAGUUCUGUUAGGAAUUGCAGUUUGCUUAUGUAUUGGUUACACAUAUCUCAAAAAUAGCGAACUCUAAAGUUCAAAAGCCGCCUUCACAAUUGCGUUUUUCUUUGCCCUCAAUCAUAAUAGACCUCUUUAGCUUGUAUGUUUUGUUUUCUCAACGCAGGUCACGUGAUAAUACUCUAGAGAACCGUUUUUCUUUUCAAAUUUCGUCUUAUUCACGUGCAUAUCUACACAUAAUUUAUGAAAAGACAAAGGGUCAAGUUCCCCUGGGACCUCUAUUGGGAAAACAAAACAUACAACCUAUAAAAGCAACGAAACUUAAAACACAGAAACACACAAAACGAAUCGAAAUCCACCAAUCACAAACUACAAACCAUGACCUUUUGAGCCUGUUGAAGUAAACUUCUGUUUCCUAAGAGGUCCGCCAAAAUAAUUGAUGGCAGAGAAGAACUUCAGAAUAGAGUUUUAAAGUGUGACGUCAUGAAAAAUUAGAUAUCCCGGAGAAAUUAUGGGAUUUGUCAGGAUAUUCUUAAAGAAGAAGAUCCAAGAGGCCUACUUGCCAAACUAGCAUUGUGGGACAAAUUGUCUCUGAGAUAUUAGCCCAGUUAUGCUCUCUUAUGCAAACUAAACUUCCGUACUUAAUUCAUCAGUUAGGUUCGGCACAUGUGUAGAGCGGCAACUGAACCGGGCCUAAGGCUAGGAAACCUGCUGAGUUCUGUUUAAUUCAAAAUUAAAGUCUUACAAUGCGAACCGUGAAGGUCCCAAGCGUUCACGCUUUCGUCGAGCUACCCUUGAGAGUGUCGUCGCCAUAAUUAGAUUAUACUUCACUAGCCUAUAACGUAUUCAGUGAUGACACCCCAUCUAGCCUACGACCAAUGUUUGCUAAACUGACCAUUUCAUUCGCUUGACUAAGCAAUGUAAAGAUUUUCAAAGGUGGUGGAACAUUACAUUUAACUCUCCGGGAAUCUUAGACAACCUUCUGACUCAAAUUAUGUAAAAAAAUUUUAUCCUUACAGGCACUGGAUCAAUACAAGAACUCCGUGGAAGCUAUCCGGACACUUUUGAGACCAUUUGUCUACAGCUGGACCACUACGACAACUGGAAACCUUUAGGGCGGAACAUCGGUAUUCCAGAUGAAACACUGCGACAAAUUGCAACUUCUACCAGCUGUGCGAAGACAGUCGUUGAGUCCAUCGAAAAGAAAAACCCUACACUGACAGUAAAGGAGAUGCAAGAUGUCUUGAAAGGAAUGAAAAGAAGAGACGUGUGCGAUGUGCUGCACAAGUAUCUCCGAGGUAUCCGUUUGUACUAGAGUGGAAACGUGGAAAAGAGGGAUAUGAGACUGGGUCAUAAAUGAAUUCUUAUUAACCUCUUAGCCUUCAAUCUUUAUGCGUGUACAAAUGGAACCUUGCCAGCCUCAAAAUAAUAGCUUUUUUUGCAUGUGUGGUAACAAAAAACAUUUAAUGCCGAUUUACAUUAAGGUAUUUUCUUGUGUGCUGGGUAAAAACGAAUUCUGACCAUUUAGUCAGAGAGUUUCCCGUAAUCCAAGAAAGUCUUGGAUUCUUGAUUCCACGUUCUGGAUUCCGGAUUAAAGGUACUGGGGCACGAUUCUUAAAAGGUCCGAUAAUUGACGGGGCCGUAAAGCUGCUGUCGGUCAGUACAUACAAGAUAGAGGUUUCAAUAGCUUUGCAUCAAACUAUCAGGAGUAAUGAAGCAAAAUGGAGUAGUUUGGUAGCCAGGCCUCGCGCUCUCAUUCUUUAUAUUUCGAGUUGAAUAUUUGAAUUCGGGCCCGAAAAAUUACGGGGACUUUUGAGAAACGGGCUCCUGGCCCCGGUUGUUCAAAAGUUGGAUAGUGCCAUCCAGCGGAUGAGCAUUAGGGAAACUAAUUCCGUUAUCCACUGCAUAGUGAUUUAUCCAGUGGAUAUAAGCCGUAGCUACUGGGGAGGCAAGGGGGGCAGCUACCCCCCCCCCGGACCUGUUGAGCCAGACACAUCAAGUCUUUAGAUGGAUUUGUUUCCUUUAGACUCAGUCAUUUUGAUACAAGUGACUUGCAAUUGUGUGCGAUUUUCAUAUUCGAGGUCGAUUUUUCGGAGACAUAUCUCAUGACAAGUGCUGAAAAAAGCAUUUCGGAGCUUCCAAAUUUGAAAAUUUUCUGGGGACGCAUACCCAAGACUCCCCCGCCCCUACAAGGCUUGUAGCUUGGGCUCUCGCGAUAAUACCCCUCCCCCCGCGUCCCCCCGUUACAAAAAACCUAACUUCCGGCCAUGGGAUAGCGCUAUCCACCUUUUCAACAACUGGGGCCAGGAUGCCAGAUUCCUUGUCAGUGAAACUUCCGGAUUCCAAUCGUUAGGGAGCCGAUUCCGGCGCUAGCCCUGACUCGUCCCCAGUCGUCCUCGCGUAACGCGCAGUGGAAGCAGGGGGUGAUGGGAAGGGAAAAGGAAGGAAGUCUCUCUCCCUCGCUUUUCUCCUUCCCGUCACAUCCUUCCACGCCACUAAGGAGAGACAGAGAGAGAGACGACUGGGGACAAGUCAGGGGCUAGCCUGGUACCACAAGCAUAAAUUUGCAGGAUUUUGGAAUCUGAAUUAACUUAAAUGGCAAUUACUGUAGUAAUUUUGCUUUGCUUGACAAGGUUCUCUAUUAAUUAUACCAGGCUCCUGAUUAUAAUUAGUUCCUGUGUACCUUAAAUGUUUUUAAUCAGCUAUCAUGAUUUUGCUUUGUUGGGAACAGGCCUAUUGAGAUGUCACCCAAUUUAGCCUGUUCACAGCCAAAUCAGGAUCAACAAUCAAUACUGUAUAGUGCAUAGUUCUCACGGGUUCCCAACAGAUAAUCAAAUACACCCGUUUUACGAUUUUGUAAAGGAAAAUAUUCUUGUUGUCCGUCAUUUAUCUCAUGGCGGUUAACAUUAUUACUACCGCCCAAAACUGGAGGUGAUAUAGGGAUAUACGAAAAAUGCAUUUCAGUAAAACUUGCAACCGUGUGAAAUUUUCUAAAUUACAUUAAUUGAUCGAUUAAUUGCGAAUAUACUUUCUCAUUUUGCAGAUAACGACACAAUUGUAACUCUGCGUGCAAAUCUAGAUUGUUUAGAAAAGGUAGCAGUCUUGCUGGAUAAAGAAACACCAGGAAUGAAAAACUGGUUACAUUUUGCCCAUGAGCUUGGUGUCUCUAAAGACGAAUGUGACAGUCUAAAACCAAAAGAAAGGCCAAGUCCAACCAGAGCUUUAAUGAAAUACAUCGUUCAAGUUGAUCCAGACCUCACAGUCGAGAGGUUUACGGAUGCCCUGGAAAAGAUGCAACGAAAAGAUGUCGUCAGUGCCUUGAAAAAUAAAAUUAGAGGUAAUACACAUAUUUAAUGGUACUCGAAGUAGAGCGCACUCCAAAUACAUAUAAAGGUGCGUACACAAGUAAAUUUUACGCGCGUAAAGGAAAUAGAGGAACUGUAUUAAGUGUUGCUCGUAAACGUAAAAGUUGAGCGAGGUCAGUCAACUUUAAAGUCCUCGCGGAACUUCCAUAUAUUGCUUCAAGAGCCAUAAUGGCUCUUGAUUGCCUCUAUUUCAUUUACGCGCGUAAUAUUUACGUGCGCACGCACGUAAAAUUACGCGAAAGUGGAAAUCCACCUUUAUAGUGAGAUAGGUCGAAUGUCAUUGAUUGAUUGAUGAAAGUAUCUUGGGACAAGUAUUUGGCAUUCCCGCAGAAGGGGCAAAUGACAUCACCAACUUACCGAAGAAAUCCUGUGCUGCGGAUACGGGGAUUGUGAUUGGUCGAUCGCUCUCCGAAACUUUUUGUUAGUUGUAUUUCUUUAUCAAUGCCAUUCCCUUGUUUUACUGUAUAAUUUAUAUUUUGUUUUAUGAUUGAUUGUUCUUUAUUUGACGGUUUUGCUUCAUUUUUUUGCUCUGCUUCAAUAGCCAAACAAGACGCGAAGGAGGGUCCGAACAUUAGUUGCCCUGCAUCGAGGAACGAGUCAUAA